UUUUAAUCCAAUGGUUGUGAUAGCUGAGUUUUAGCAAAACCGCCCAAACAGGCAACCAACUCUGUUCGACCACUGUAAUGGCGGCCGCCGCCACUGCCGCCACUGCCAUCGCCGCCGCAUGUUCGUCCAACGUCUCUGCUUCCUGCUCCGACUCCGACUCCGAGGAUCUCCGACUCCUCCUCCCAAACCUCCUCCCCGCGUCCGCCGCCGCCGCCCCCUCAUCCGAGGCGCAGCUCCACCAAUUCCACCUCCCCGCGCUUCCGUCCCCCAUCACCGUCCGCACCAUCCCUUCCCUCGGGCUCACCUUCCAGCUCUGGCCCUCCGCCACCACGCUCCUCCGCUUCCUCCCAGCCUCCCCGCACCUCCUCCCGCGCCCGCCCGCCGCACACUGCCCGCUCAGCAUCCUGGAGCUCGGCUCCGGGACCGGCGCCGCGGGCCUCGCCCUGGCGGCGGCUCUCCCGGCGCACACCGUCCUCUCCGACCUCCCCGCCGCGCUCCCCAAUCUCCGCCACAACGCCUCCCUCAACGCGCCCCUCCUCGACUCCCGCGGCGGCUCCGUCUCCGUCGUGCCGCUCCCCUGGGGCGAUGCCGCCGCGAUGGGGGCCGUGGUGGCCCCAGCGCCGGCUUCUCGGUUUGACCUCGUCGUGGCGUCGGACGUGGUCUACUACGAGGAGUUGGUCGACCCCUUGAUAGAGACGCUGCGGUUCUUCGUCAAGGGGGAUGUGGUGUUCCUGAUGGCGCACAUGAGGAGGUGGAAACGCACGGAUAAGAAAUUCUUCGGGAAGGCCAGGAAGGUGUUCGACAUUGAGGUGUUGCACAAGGAUCCACCCCCCGAAGGCUGGCGCCAUGGUCCGGUGGUCUACCGCUUCACAGUGAAGAAGCAGCGUCACAACAAGUGAAGAAGCAGCUUCCAAAAGGUAAUGGAUGUAAUGUAUGCUUGCUUAUGCCCAUGCUGAUUCUACUGCACUGCAAGAAUUAAACACAAAAUGUUUCCUGUAAACGAUGUGACAUUGUGCAACUGAGGACAAAAUUAAACAGGAAAUCUUUCUUC